UAAAUUUUUAAAAUUAAGUAAUUGAGAUUUUUUUUAUAUAGUAUGGACAACAUUAUAAAAUUCCUCAUUCUAAUGUUCUUUAUCCUUGGAACUCAAGGUAGACUUUAUAAGAACCUAGGAUCAGAAGAAGAGAAAAUGGAAUCUGAUUUUAAGAAUCAAUAUUAUGGAAGUAAGGUACUAUCAAGAAAAGUUAGGAGACUUUUUUUACCAUCUUUACAAGUAAACUACCCGAAGAAUAAAAUCAUAGAGAUGUUAAACCAAGACAAGAAAUAUGGUGAUCAAGAUGAUGAUAUCAGAGAUAUUGCUUUAGAAAUAAAUGACGCCGAAGUUUAUAAAAGAUUGAUAACUUACAUGAGAAAUAAUUGCGAUGUAUGGUUGGCAUUAAAAGAGCGAAUAGAUAGUCGUUGUGAUUCGCCAUCAGACCUUUAUAGAUUCAAAGAUGCAGAAAAUUUUAAUAUUGGUAUAAAAAAUAAGAAGAUGUAUUUACCAAAAAUACUUCAUAAUGAAAAUUAUAACAAGUAUUCUGCAAAAUGGGAUAAAGGCAAAAGACUGUAUCUAAUUAAAUUACCUAAACAUCUAAAUAAAAAAUGAAAUUAUUUAUUCAUUGUUUUUUUAAAAAAUAUUUUUAACGCAUACUUACUGAAUAACACAAUCUUAUUUAUUAAAAC